ACUGAGAUCCCAGUUCUAUCAACAACAGCAAAAGAUGAAGAUAUUCGUCGUUUUAUUUUUGACCACCGUAGGUCUUGCUUUGGCACGUCCUUCCGAAAAAUAUACCGUAAAAUACGACAGUAUCGACUUGCAAGAAAUUCUGCGAAGCGACAGACUUACUGAAAAUUACGUACAGUGCCUUUUGGACAAGAAACCCUGUACCCCCGACGGCGAAGAACUCAAAAAAGAUCUUCCCGAUGCCCUGAAAACCAAAUGCUCGAAAUGUAGCGACAAACAGAAGGAAGGUGCGAGGGUCGUCAUCCAGCAUUUGUACAAGAACAAGAGACCGUGGUGGGACCAGCUCGAGGCCAAGUAUGAUCCCGAUCACAUUUAUGUUAAAGAGCACGAGAAUGAACUGAAGAAGUUGUAGAAUGGAAAAAAACAACGUUAUUGUAUGUGAUCGUAAUAAGUUAAUAAAGUUGUUGUUUUUGGAA